AUGUCGUUCGGCGGCUUUGGCGGCUUUGGGUCGACCACGAACCAGAACACCGGCUCGGGUUUUGGUGCUUCAGCUUUUGGCGCAAGCACAACGAACACUGGCUUCGGACAAUCGACGAGCACUGGAUUUGGCCAGCAGCCUGCCGCAGGAUCGAGCUUGUUUGGAGCUUCUACCAAUGCCGGAGGCUUUGGGGGGUUCGGCGCUUCCAACAACGCAACUUCUACUCCAACAUCCUUCGGGGGCGCUGCUAAGCCUGCCUUUGGUGCUCCUGCUCCUUCUUCUGGAGGCCUCUUCGGCGGCGGCGGGGCUUCCUCAGGCGGCUUUGGGGCUAACACGGCUGCCACUUCAUCGCCCUUCGGAGGGGCAGGAACUGCCCCGGGUGGAUUCGGAAACGCAAAUGCUGGCAACAACUUAUUCGGUGCGGCUAAGCCUGCCACGAGCUUCGGCGGCGGCUUUGGGAGUGCAGCCACGACACAACAACCGCCCAACGCGUUUGGAGCGUCCUCUACAGGCUUUGGCGCAGCUGCCCAACCCACAAACAAUGGCACGGGAUCGACACCCUUCUCUGCCUUCGUCGAGAAGGACAACGCGGCCAAUACCAACAGCCACUACCAGUCCAUCACCUUCAUGCAGCCUUAUCAAGCAUUCUCCUUCGAGGAGCUAAGGCUUGCAGACUACACAGCUGGCCGCAAGUCUGGCAAUGCAAACGGUCAAGCCGGGGCUUUCGGUCAAAGUACAGGCUUUGGAAGCGGGUUUGGGUCUAACAAUGCAUCGGCUCCUACCUCGGGCUUCGGAGUCACUCCGUCCACCAACGCCGGAACAGGCAUGUUUGGGGCUCAGUCCAGCGCUCCCUCGACAGGAGCGUUUGGGCAACCAGCUGCGAACACCAACACGACCUCGGGCUUCGGAGCGAGCAACAACCUCUUUGGCCAGAACAAGCCUGCUUCUGGAGGGUUGUUUGGAAGCACACCUGCAUCGACUGGCACUACAGGAGGAGGCCUGUUUAAUACAUCCAACAACAACACGACAACUGGAUUCGGUGGAUUUGGGGCCAACACGCAACAGCAACAGCAGCCAGCUCAGACCAACUCACUGUUUGGUGCUAACGCGAACAACACGCAGAGCAAACCUGCCUUUGGUGGCUUUGGUAGCACUCCUGCCUCCUCGACUCCAUUCGGAGGAUCAUCAACAGGCGGAUUCGGGCAGGCUGCGAAUGCAAAUGCAACCGGCACCUCAGGCAUGUUUGGACAGAAUGCGUCGCCUUUCGGAGGGGCUCAGCAGAAUGCUCAAAGCACUCCCGCUGCAACCUCAAGCAAUCUUUUCGGUGGCGCUCAGAAUCAGCAGCAACAGAACCAGACCGGUACCUCGAAUAAUCUCUUCGGGGGUGGUGCCGGUGCGUUUGGAAACAACCAGCAAAAGCCCAACCCAUUCGGUGGAAAUGCUGCAGGUACCUCGAACAAUCUUUUCGGAGGGUCUCAGCCACAGCAGAACAACACCGGUGGAGGCUUGUUCAACCAGGCAAACAACACUCAAGCUCCAGGCGGUUCACUUUUCGGAGCCGCUAAGCCUGCAACCGGAGGCGGCCUUNUUGGAGGGUCACAACCUCAGCAGAACGGUGGAGGUCUCUUCAAUCAGCCAAGCAACAACAAUCAAGCUCAAUCUUCACUCUUUGGAGGUCAGAACAAUCAACAGAAGCCCUCGUCUCUUUUCGGAGGCCCAGCAGCUGGUGCUCAAGGCUCAUUGUUCGGCGGCAAUCAGAAUCAGCAACCUCAACAGACAUCGUUGUUUGGAGGCAGCACUCAGCAGCCUGGCCAAUCGAACAGUUUUGGCCAGAGCAACCAGCAACAGUCUAGCUUCGCUGCUACUCUGCUGACCAACCCUUACGGCAAUGACCAGCUGUUCAGCAAUCUCGGCAACCCUGCUCCCGCUGUUGGGCCUAUUGCUACGCCUCUUUCAGGAGCGCAGAAGCCGGCUAAGCGCCCUGCCGCGCUCCCACAGUUCAAGAUCAACCCCAGCGCCAGCUUGCGUCUCAUCACUCCUCAGAAGCGCUCCAACGGUUAUGGAUUCUCGUAUGCCACUUACGGCACCCCUGGCAGCGCACAAAGCUUCACAUCUAACGGCCUUGGAAGCAGCUUGUUGCAGUCAGGUGGUUUGAGUCGUUCUUUGGGCAAGAGCUUCUCUACUAGCAACCUCAACAAGAGCGUUGGUAGUGGUGACAGCGUCCUCGCUCCUGGUGCGUUCACGCCCAACAACAGAUCAUACACGGGCGGCAGCAUUCGUAGACUGAAGAUCGACCAUACCUUGAGAACUGACCUGUUCGGUGACAAUACCCCCAUUGAGCCUCCCACUAAGCGCGUCAGCUUUGACGAAGGCGACAAGGGCAAGACUUCGACAAACGGCUAUGCUGAGACUCCUGCCAGCAGCGCUCUCGUCCGCACUGAAGCUGAUUCUGAGCCAUCCUCCGAAGAUCUUGGCUACUCCCGUGCUGAGCGUCCUACAACCAACGGCGUGUCAGUGAACGGUACUUCUUCUACCAACCAAGCCAGAGGUAAUGAGCUCGCAAUGGUGCCUGAAGAUGGCCCUGCUCCUGCAUCGUCCACCAAGUCUGUUUCUGCAAAAGACUUGCCACGCUCGCAGGCUGACCCUCAACCUGGGGACUACUGGAUGACCCCAUCCAUGGAUGAUCUCCGCAACAUGUCUCGUCAGCAGCUCAAGAGAGUCACUGGCUUCACUGUUGGCCGCCGAGAUGUCGGCAAGAUCGAGUUCGAUCCUGUUGAUCUCACCCAGGUCAACUUGGAUGAAAUCAUUGACGAUAUCGUCAAGCUCAACUUGCGCCAAGUGACUGUCUACACAACUGGUGUCAACACUCCUCCCAUGGGCCAAGGUCUCAAUGUACCCUCGACCAUCACUCUUGAGAACUCAUGGCCCCGCGCUCAGGCUGGACGUCUUCCCGUCCACGAGCGUAAAGGUCAACGCUAUGAGAAGCACAUCGAGCGUCUCCAACGCGUUCAGGACACUGAGUUCAUCAGUUACGAUCCUGCCACCGGCUCUUGGGUCUUUCGCGUUCCUCACUUUACCACUUAUGGUCUCGACGAUGAAGACGAGUCGGACGAUGAAGCCGAGUAUGGCAGUGAUGUGAUGAACACCAGCCAAGACCCUACCCCCAAGGGUAACAACACUGCUGUUCAAGAGAUGUCUCAGGCCUCUUCCGAGGAGGGUUCCGUCAUUAGCGAUGAAGAUGAUGAAUCCAACCCUGAUGACACCUUCGAUUUCAAGAAAGGUCCGUCAAAAAUCCUGCCUGGCAGCUUCGGUGCUCAGCCAAUUCACAAUGAUGACGAAAUGGCUGACGACAACGAUGCUCAGGAUCAGGAAGAGGAUUCCUCCUAUCUUGAACAGCAAAGCACACACUCGCAUGAAGACCCGUUCAGGUCUUCCGGCAGCAGCAACGCACCUCCCGCUGAAGCUGUCGUUGAACAAAUGGAGGAGGGGACGGAUUACGAGGAGAUGGACGAGCAGGACAUGGCAGGAUCAUUCCCGAGAACUGCGCCUGCUGUUCAAGCUCCGUACAACGACUAUGGUAUUUCUUUCAGUGGAUCUCUUAUGCCCAAAUCAAUCCUCAAAGCAUCAACUAUGUUGAAUGGCACACCGAAGAAGGACCUCACACUUGCAGGGGACUGGGCAGAACAACUGCAGAGAACUGCCAGCCCCAAGAAGCAAGAUCGUCAGGCUCUUCGUGAGCGUCAAAGUGUCAUGGGUGCAGCUCCUGUUGAUACCGCACCACCAUUGGCCGCGUCUAUUGCUGGCAAGGCUUUCUCUACGACUAUGGAUAUUAUGAACUCUCUUUGGGCACCUUCUGCUUCUGUUGCAGGUCAUGCAUUGCAAACAAGUACUGCUGGUGGAAAAGGUUUUGAGAAGCAGUCGAGAACCGAAGAUGCCUUUGCCGACAUGAAUGAGACUGAACGUGGCUUCCACACAUGCUUCAAGCCACGCUGGACUACAAAUGGCACCCUUGUCCACAGUACUACCAGCAACGCUCCUACACUCUCUGGCAACAUGGUCGCUUGCAGCAAGCCCCUGGUGUCAGAACACAGGGACGUCCGCUUCGCCAAGUUCAGUGCCCCUCAAGACACACUUACCACAUCACUACAGCUACAACUUCAACAAUCGCCCAUCACCUCCGCCGAGACCUCUUUCGCCGCUAUCGCAGAGAGCCUUGCGCAUGCGGAAUCUCCUGAAGCUCAACAUGAACGUUCGGUCUGGCGAUUGGCCUCUAUUCUGUUUGAUCCCGUCGAGACAGGAUCUGCUGAUCUGAUCAAGAACAUCUCCGUCACACGAGUUGCUGAGUUGGAGUCGCGCAUUCGUCGUGAUGCAUUGUCAAACUUCUGGGCUCAACUUGUUCAUGCAGAUGCCGCACAGCAUGCCAAGGAUGCAGGUACCGCAGAGGAGAAGGCAAUUGCGUUUUUGAGUGGUAACAGCAUCGAAAAUGCUUGUUCAGCACUUCUCGAGGGUCGCGACUUCCGCCUUGCAACCAUCGUUGCUCAACUUCCUGGCAAUACCAAAUCGAAGGAAAUGAUGGCCAAGCAAAUCGAGAGUUGGAGGUCACAGAACAUGAUUUCUGAGAUGACCGAAUCAGUGCGCGCGCUGUAUGAGCUCGUUGCUGGCAACACAUGCACCAGCGAGGGAAAGAGCGGUCCAGCUGAAGACAAAGCCUCGGCUUUCGGCAUCUCAUCGCGCUUUGGCCUUGACUGGCGUCGUUCAUUUGGAUUGCGCCUCUGGUUCUCUGGCACCAAUGAGUCGCUUGCAGACGCUGUGCAGUCGUACACUGACGAUCUCGCUGCAGGCAAGGAAACUGUCCGACCCGUACCUUACUUCACCGAGCAGUCUCUCGCACCUUCCUGGAACGAUGCCAACGCACAAGACAACGAGGACACCUUGCUCGGCCUGCUGAAGCUUUACUCGAGACAGCCUUCCUCAGAUGUUGGCGACGUUCGUUCUCUCGUCACCAACCUUCUCUCUCCAGCCUCUGUCUCUGGAAGUCCACUCAACGCUCGUCUCUCGUGGCAACUGGCUACGCUUCUUCAAAAGAAGGGCAUUCUCACGACUGCCGAGUUGAGCGACGCUUCAUUGGAUCAGCUCUCCUUGACCCUGUCCAGCCAACUCGAGGCAGCCAACGAGCUAGUCUUUGCUACCAAUGUCUUGCUUCACCUGACCAGCGAGUCAGCUCGUGAGAAGCAUAUUCGCGACCUUCUCUACCGCCGCGCAUCCGCACUCUACGACGCCGGUGACCCAGACGCCCUACCCACCGUCUUGACCCAAGACUUUGGCCUACCCGAACAAUGGCUCUGGCACGCUCGCGCACUCUACGCACGCUCCAUGCUCGACGACCACAACGCCGAAGUCGGCCACUUGCUCCGCGCCGGCGACUCGUCCCAAGCCCAUACAGUGCUCUGCCGCACUGUCGGCCCCACAGCCGUCAUCCAACGCGACCACGACGGUCUUCGCAAGCUUCUCGCCACUUUCCAGUCCACACUCUCCACAGACACUCUGGAAAACUGGCGCUCAGGCGGCCAAGUCUACUCAGACUACCCAGCCCUCCUCGACCUAGUCCACCGCGAUGACGACGCCAGCCGCGUCACCAAGAAAGACUUGCUGGAACGGUUGACCGUCGCUCUGCCCGGUGUCCUCGAAGGCCGCGCCGGCAAAGUCGACCUCGAAGAGCGCGUUGCCGUUGGCGAAAUGGCUGGCUUGGUCAAGGCCGAAGUCGAAAAGAUGGGUAGAGAAGACAAGGGCGUGGACAGAAGUCUCGUCAGCAGGUUGCCUGUUGCUGGUGCCAAGUAUGCCACCCAAGGCGUUGAUCUCAGCAGAGCUUACUACAGGGCUGUCGUUGCUUGA